AACAAAAAAUCUCCACCCCCAAACCAAACUAACAAAAUGCUUUCUCUCUGCAGUCAAAAUGACCUCUUCCUCCGGGAUCCAGCGAUGAAGUCCUGCCUCACAUCACGGCCCCUGCGGAGCCCACAGCGGCCGUUCCUUCGAGUAGCAUCCCCUGGUCCCGCCCCUCUCCCCCCGGCCAGGCGGGACCCUCCGACACAGCGAAGGAGCCCACGGCGCCAGCUCUGAAUUAAUCUGUGCUGUGAAGGAAAGCAGGAGGUCAGCCUGCAAGUUAGAUGGAUUGAGUCAUGUAGAGUCAACUAACCCCUCCCACAAAGCUAUGGACCACUGAGGAGACCGUUUUCAUGAACACCUCUCACUAAGGCAGCUCAGAGCCGGAGGAGCCUGAGAGAGGAAGAGGGGGAGAGCGAGAGAGGAGGGAGCGAGCGAACACCGGCACUGAUGGACGAGCCAAAGGAUAGCAAACCAAAGAUGUCCUGGACAAGAAAGAUUCUACUCAUCCUGGGAUUCCUCUCCACUUUGGCUGUAAUUGCUUUAAUUGCUGUAGCAGUGACCCAAAACAAGCCCCUUCCGAAGAACAUUAAGUAUGGGAUUGUGCUGGAUGCAGGCUCGUCCCACACUAACCUCUAUGUGUACGAGUGGCCAGCAGAGAAGGAGAACGACACUGGGGUGGUGCAGCAGGUGGAGGUGUGUAAAGUUGAAGGCCCUGGGAUCUCAGGUUACUCCCAUGCCACAGAGAAGGCAGGUCCCUCUCUGGCACAGUGCCUACGACAAGCAGAAGAGGUGAUUCCCUCGAAGCAGCACCAAGAGACACCUGUCUACCUCGGAGCAACUGCUGGCAUGCGGCUUCUCAGCUUGGAGAACAAAAGUGCAGCUGACAAAGUCUUGUCCUCAGUAGAGAAGACGCUACGCUCAGCUCCCUUCAGCUUCCAGGGUGCCAGAAUCAUCAGUGGCCAGGAAGAAGGAGCCUAUGGAUGGAUCACCAUUAACUAUCUGCUGGGUAAUUUCAAGCAGUCUGGCUGGACAAAGUUUCUGCUUUCUCUGAAAUCCAUAAGUGAGACUUCAGGAGCACUAGAUCUUGGAGGAGCCUCAACACAAAUUACCUUUGUACCAAAUGAACUCUCUUAUGAGUCCCCAGAGAACCUGCUCUACUUCCGUCUCUAUGGCAAGGAUUACCAAGUAUACACACACAGCUUUCUCUGCUAUGGGAAGGAUCAAGCUCUGCAACAGAAACUGGCCAGGGACCUACAGACCAUGGAGAACAGCACCCUCUUUGAUCCAUGCUUUCAUGAAGGCUAUCAGAGGACUAUAAAUCUAAGUGACCUCUUCAAGAACCCUUGUACAUCAGACAAGAAAAAGCAAUUCCCUUUCAACCAGCUGUUCAUACAGGGAGAGGGUGAUUAUCAAAAGUGCCGGGGAAACAUCCAGAAACUCUUUAACAAAACCAAUUGUCCUCACUCCAGUUGCUCCUUCAAUGGGAUAUACCUACCUCCAUUACAAGGGGAUUUUGGGGCUUUUUCUGCUUUCUACUUUGUGAUGAAUUUUUUGAACCUGACCAGUGAACAAAGCCCCGUUGCCCUGGACAAAGUGGCCAGCACCAUUGAGAGCUUCUGUGCUCGGCCUUGGAAUGAGGUGAAGACAGUGUAUCACCAUGUAAAAGAAAAGUACCUGAGCGAGUAUUGCUUCUCUGGAGCCUACAUCCUCUCUCUCCUGGAAAAUGGCUACAAAUUCACUGAAAAGAAUUGGCAAAGCAUCCACUUCCUUGGAAAGAUUGGUGGCAGCGAUGCAGGCUGGACUCUGGGCUACAUGCUGAAUCUGACCAACAUGAUCCCUGCAGAGGAGCCUGCUGGGCCCCCUCUUUCCCACGGCAGCUACGUGGGGCUGAUGGUGCUGUGCUCCCUCGUGCUGGUGUCUGUGCUCCUGUUCGCCUGGCUUCUCUUCCACAAGCCCAAGUGCCUGCAGAAGGGGAUUGUUUAGGAAGAGCCUUGGGAGGAGAGGGGCUGUGUCAGUCUGCCCACUGAAGGCUAUGAGACCCCAGCAGAGCAGUCUGUACUGCAGAGCCCCUCUCACCUCUCACUGAAGCUACUGACUGUGUACAACAAGGGCAUUCAUUUCUUCUGACUCAUACUUGCACUGACAGACAUUGGGACAUCAGGAUUGCCGCCUCUCUCUACCAAGGACAAUCAAGCAGGUGUCGCCUGUUUGAAUAAUGGGUCAUACCUUCAUUCAGUGAUACUUUGCUGCUUAUUGGUUUUUUGCCUUGUGCACAAGACAUGUGCAUGAAAAGUGGCAGCAAUCUUUGGGAGCCAGUGCUCCUGCAAGGGUAAUCUCAGGGUCACACAUCUCACAGAGCUUUUGGGAACAAUCACAGGGAGAUCCUGCUCCUUCUUAGAUUAAGCUAUUCCUGAGAGCCCUUCCCGCACCAGCACACCUGCACUUGCCUCCCCGUGCCCUGAGCCCUUGCAGUCCUACACCUGGAUAUGGCCACCUGCACCUGGCUGACCUCCAAAGGCUAAGCAGGUUCCCAAAUGCCACUCCAGAAGAAGAAGGGAUGAGGAUGAAGAAACUGAAUGCACUGGUGGCUGUCAGCCCUUAGCUGGGCUCUGGUGGCUGUCUGCUCCAUCUGCAGGUGGCAAUAAGCCUCUUUCCCAUGUCUUCCUGAUUGUUGUUGCUGGACCAAAGCUGGCUCACUGUUACACUGAGCCAUUCCCAAGUCCCUAGGGUACAUCAAGACACAAGUUCCCAGACAGGCUUUGCUGAUUUUUGUAGGAACAGCUCAUACUGUGUGAGGAUCCUUGACCAGUACAGAGUACUUAUGCCUACAGGGACUCUGGUGUGAUCAGCAUACCUACAGAUAUACACCCACUAAAGUAAUCUAGUGUCACUGUGGUGACCAUACAGUAGCCUCUGAUCUAAGGAAAAUGUUUAUUAGGUCAUGUUCCUUUACAAAUAGACAGCUGGCAGCAGUUAACCAACAUCAGCAUGCACAGAUUGAACCACUCUUUCCACCAGCAAAAUCAGUGAAAAUUUGCCUUGCCUUCCCUCAUGGCUUAGGCUUAUCCCAUGACCAUAAGCACUGAGGCUUGUGAGUGCACAUACUGCAGCCCAUCUUCUCGGACACAACUGGGGCAAUGCCACUGAUCACUUCCUCCCAUUUUCCAUUUUUCCAUUCCUUGGUCCAAAAAAAACCCCAAACAUAAUAAAGGAAAGGUAAGUCAGAAAUUCAUUUUUAUAAAUAAACUUGGAAACCACUGGUGCCUGUUUACCUCCCAUGAAAUCUCAGAAAUCUCUUCUCCUAAUGACCUGUAACUGCUGGAGGCCAAAUGGAAGUAGAUAUUGUAGAGAGAAAGGCAUGCAAACAAACACCUUCACCUGUUUCCCCAAGCAAAGCUGUAAAAAUUGUGGAGGGGAUCAGGAUGUGCAACACCAAUAAAGCCUUCUUUAGGCAAGCACAGACACAGAGCUCAGGGUCUUUAUGCUGUCCCAGGCUACACCUCCACACAGUUCAGGCUGGAAAAUAUCCCCCAGUUAUUUCUACUUCAUGCUUUUAAGUAGGAUCUGUAACAUAUUGAAGGACCUAAAGGUAAGGGAAAAAUCUAUCCUGUCUUGUAGCAAGAUCCUUGGGCAGUUCAUUGUUCUUCCAAAAAUCUACAUCUAUUUUUUGCUCUGAUUCAGCUGGCUUCAGUUUCUGUUGGGUCUUGUUCUGUCUGUUUCAGAAAGGCUGAGUAACUCUCUGCUGUCAAAAUCCCUCCCUUUUGGUGCUUGCAAGUCAUCAUUGUACCCUAUUAAAUAGCUAGAUCUUUGAUCUGCAAAGAGCUCCAUGCUGACCUCACUUGUAGCUCUCGACUCCACUUCCUUGACAAUUUUUACAUCCUUCUGAAAUUCGGACACCAAAGUUUUCAGGAACAAGUGGUAGUAGAGUCAUUAAUAGUGUAUAUAAAAGUAAUACCCUCUGGCUUUGAUCUAUACUCUGUGUUCCUUGUUCAUCUCAGGACCAGGUCUGCUCAUAUAUGAAAAGCUUUGGAGACUAUUUUGUCCAGUUGGACUACUGCAACUUAGCCUUUAUUUUUUUUUCCAGAACAGCUGCUGUCUCACACCGUACAUCAUUGUCUCUUAACAUGAGAUGCUUUGCCUUCUACGUGGCUCCACUGAAACAUGUAGUACUCAAAAAAUAUUCCCCCAAGCAAGUGAUGGAGAUCAACCUGCAAAUGACACUCGCCCACACUAUCUGACCACUGACCAUUUUUUUCCCCGUCUGCAAGUACAUUGAGAUACUGAAAUUCAUCUAGAGAUGGAGUCUUCCAUCUGUUGUUUUCAUCAAAGAUAGGUAGAUGAGAGAUUAAGAGGAGGUUUUGGUCAUGGCUGGAAGGGAUACAGGAGAGGAACACAUGAUUAGAGCUGCUUCAGCUCCCCAGUCAGCACCACUUCAACACAGUCACCUUCUUUGCAUAUGGAGUCUUUAGGGCAGUGCAGGUGCCCUGGAGAAGCAUCCAACAUGACCUAGUGCAUCCUUUCUCCCCAUGAACAGUGUGGAAACUUGCAAAAUCAUAAUUCCUCUCCUGAGAUCUCCUCACGGAUCUGGUAGCUGUUUAGUAGUGUCUGUGAUGGUGGAACUGGCAGAUACAUUGGGAUGUUUCAGAAAUUGAUGCAGAAACUUCACGUGGCAGCUGGUGUGGAGAGAAAGCAUGUACUAGACUGCUUUUCUGGUCAGUGCCAAGGGUUUAGGCCAAAGGAAAAGGUCAAAUACAAAACCUGCAGAAGAGCCUUAGAAUGUUUUGGAUCUUUAUUGCAAGUUCCAUAGUAUUAAUAUUGUUAGCUCUUGAUUCUGGAGUCAAGUGACCAGCUGGUAUCUUUACUUACUCUCUCCUGCCAUCCUUCUCUUGGUUUUGGGUUUGGAUUUUUGUUAUUUUUAAAGCUGCAGAUGUAACCUGAGUGCAACCUAAAGGUCUUAAACUAAGUACAAAACACAUUAUGGUAUUUUUAAACCUUAUGACCACAUCUGUAAGUCAAAUAUCUCCAGAACUCGAAUUUCAAAGGUGGUACCAGAUGUGCUACUUAAAAAUCACUUGAGCCAGCUGAGGCUCUAGGAACCGGCUGACUGAAGGAAUCCAAACAGAGUAAGACCCUUGCAUAUCAUUGGCUGUACUCAAAUCUUCCCAGAAAAGUAUAUGAUUUUUUUUUUUCCCUUCUCCUUUCUCCUGCUAUUGCAGGACUUUAUCCAUGGAGGCUACUCAAAAUCCUUGGUUAAAGAGUUUACAUUUACAUUUCAUUUCUUUGCUACUGUGUUGCAUCUGACCCGGCUGCAU